CAGUUACGUACAGUUGUGACCGAAUUCCAACGUAAAUCAGGCACGACGAAGAAUAAGACAGGAGGAAAAACAGACGGCCUCGGGUGAAACAAAGGAAGCUCUAUGCGCCUCCUCGGGAGCACCGAAGAAGAUAGCAGUUGCGAGAUCUCCCGGCUUCGACGAGUGGUGUUACAAAACAAUGAAAAACUCCUGGAUGAGAUGUUGUGUCAGGAAAUCUACAAGAAGGUCAUCAACUACCGAGGCGGCUGGGGCGUCGCGGGAACCCCUCUGCACGCUGCCGUGUCCAAGGGUCACCUCAGCUGCCUCCGGGUCCUGCUGACCCACGGCGCCGUUGUCGACUGCGUGGACGUCAAGGCCCAGACUCCGCUUUUUGCCGCCGUUCGCGGGAAGUACCUGGACUGCGUGUUAGCGCUCCUCCGGUCCGGCGCCGACCCCAACGGGAGCCCCUCCAACAAUGGUUCCCCCGUCCUCACCGCCGCUCGCGAGGGCGACGCGGAGAUAUUGCUGGAACUUCUCAAACACGGCGCCGAGGUCAACUCGCGCUCCAAAGUUCUGCUGUGGACCUCCGGCGCCAGGGUGUCGAGUGGCCCCUUGUACCUGGCGGCCGUGUACGGACACAUGGAGUGCUUCAAACUGCUGCUCCUCUACGGCGCAGAUCCGGAUUACAACUGCGCCGACGCCAGAUUGCUGGCCGCAGUCAAGCAGCCCAAAACCGUCCUGGAGAUGUGCCUGAGGCACGGCUGCGGCGUGGAGUACAUCCAGCUCCUCAUCGACUUCGGCGCCAACGUCUACCUUCCCACGCUCAUCAUCGAGAAGUCCACCAAGCAGAAUGAGGCUGUGGAGCUGCUUCUGCAGGAGAGAGGUAAUCCCAAGGCCUUGACUUCACAGUGCCGACUGGCGGUGCGAAGAUACCUCAGAAAGAUCAACAAAAUCCACUGUAUCGAGCAACUGGACGUGCCGACGAGUCUCAAAAGCUUCUUGCAGUACAAGCCGCUCCCAGUUAUGAUUCUCUAGCGACGCGUUAAAUCAGAAUAAAUGUCGUUUUUUUUUUUUCUUCUUUAAUUGACCUCCCAAUCCUGCUUUGUUCUGAAAAAUCUAAUACAUUAAACGUAUUUAUGUGUGGCUCUGCAGUUAUUUUGUUUAGCCAUCUUGGGCGUUGUACAUAAAAGUAGGGUUGUCAUAUUUUCUAGAAAAAGUUUUCAAAAUUAGAUUUGUUUAUAUGAGUAGUUAUUUUUGUUUCAAUAUUUUGUAAUAGUCAAUAAUCUAUAGGGUGUUAAAAAAUGGUUGACCCCAUUAGUGCUGCAACGGUUAAUUAACUCGAGUAUUCGAUUAGGAAAAAAAAAAAAAUCGAAUUUUGCUGAUUCGAGUAUUCGUUUGAUUAUUGUGGCAUUGUAAUAGUUUAUUUCAAAAGUGUUUGCAUUGUUUUAUUGAAUGGAUACACUGGCCUCUAGUCUGCCUCAUUUUACAUCCAGCUGCUCCAUGUUAAGACCAACAUAAGCUAAGUUUUUGUUUGAGCUAUUUUUUUUUUUAAUGCAUUCAUAAUUUAGUGUACGAGUAUAUUUGGCCGUUUUUUGUGGGAAUGUGUCUGAACCAUUGAAGAGCAUUGUAAAGAAAAAUAAAACAACUUUUUAUAGCAUUUAAGCUAGCGGAAUUUUGCUGUGUAAAUUAGCCAAUUCUUCUUUUGGUAAACAUAGAUCCUUAUUUAUUUUUUAAACCGUUUGAGACUCAGCUCAUGUAUUUUAACUUUUCAUGUUCCUUAUCCGAUUAGUCGAUUAUUCGAACCAACUAGUUCAUCGAUUAAUCGACUACUAAAAUAAUCGAUGACUGCAGCCCUAAACCCCAUUCUAAAUGUAUCUCGGAAACUACUCGAUGGAUCUUAAUGAAACUAAAUGCAGUUUAUGUUGAAGGUCAUACGUUUUAUUGGUUACACUUACAAAGAAAAAGUACCAAUAUUUGUUGGCUCUAUGACAGAUUUUCAUUCAUCAAAUUGCCUUUUCUUUUGAAGUGAACGGCAUUUCUUAACCUGAAAAGAUAGAAAUGCCAAACGUUACUCGCAACAACUUGAAACGUUUUUACACAACCUGUGAAAUUUUGAGGUCAUUCCAACGAAAAUUGUCAAAAUGAUUGGCCUACGAAAUGGGGUCAAACAUUUUAGGAAUACAAAAAAACCCUGCUAAAAAAACGCCUUGACGCCUGAAUUUGCAUUUAACAAAUACAUUGAAAAUCAUUGUUGAAAUACACUAGUACAUUAAAAUGAUCGUUAAAAUAUACAUAUAGUAAAUGAUUUGACAAUACCGUGAACCUAAAACGUUU